CACCGGUCCAGACCGUCGCCGACACGGAAGCAUCGUGGUCUACUAUGUCUGGAGGAUCCAUCGGUGGUGGCGUCGGGCGAGGCGAGGGAAUGGCGGCGGAGUCACCCGACGGGGCCUGCCACGGGGAUCGGAGCGGUGGAGGUGACGGCGAUCUGCGGCGCAACCCGAAGCCCUCGACCUACAAAGGGAAGUCGUGCAAGGGAUGCCUCUACUAUUCCUCGCGGCUCAGAUCUGACUCCAGUAACCCCGUGUGCGUCGGCAUCAGCCGGACUCUCCCCCAAGUACCAAGCUACAUCAUUGGAGAAUCUGAAAUGGAAACUACAAAAGAUGGUCAUAACCUGUCAGAUUUCAAGUAUGCCUGUGUUGGUUAUUCAGUUUUUCUUGAUAAGAGAGAUGGCCCUGUUGAAAAGCCAGAGAACCAAUCAGAGUUGCCGUUUUGUGCAGGCAUAGAGCUAUUGGUGGACAGGAGAGCUUCAACUGCUGGUCAUGUUCCUGCAAAUGUUCACAAGGAAGAUGCUACGCUUCGUUCUCAACCACAUCCACACCGACCAGCUCAAUCUUCAGGGGACGAAUUCUUCAGCAGGUUUAGAAAGAAUGCUGGAGUAGUGGCAUCAGGGGUGGCCAGAAACCUGAACAAAGUGGGCAAUUACAUCAAAGAAAACAUCGAGGACAUAUUGUAUCCUUAUCGAAGGCCACCCAAGUAAAACCUUUACCCUAACCAACAGUUGAUCUCAACGGAUCUCCCAUGUUUCUUUCCUUUCUGUGCUGUAUAAGUUUGAAUGCCAUCACUUGUUGUGAGAAUAAAUCUGUUGUAAGAAUCUAUGUGCUUGGAUGCUGCAUGUUGGCUUUGUAGCAACAUUCCUUUUCUUUUCAAUUUCUUUGAAAUAUUGUGGCAUUUUCUUUUGUUGGCUUAAUGUAAUUCCUCUGGUUGUACAUUUAGUCAUGUCAUCUGCCAAUAAAAUUGGUGUUUGUUUGUGUUUGACCA